UGUGCUUCACUCUGCUCUCAUUUUGGCAGCGGCAGCAGUUAGGGCAACACACUGCUGUGGUCAUGAUGAGUGCCGGGGACGUGGUCUGCACGGGCUGGCUCGUUAAAUCCCCCCCGGAGAGGAAACUCAGGAGAUUUACAUGGAGGAAACGCUGGUUUGUGCUUCGUAGAGGCCGCAUGAGCGGCAAUCCUGAUGUUCUUGAAUACUAUCGGAGCAAGAGUUCCAAAAAGCCUAUCCGUACCAUUGACCUCACAGAGUGUGAGGUCCAAAUGUACAACGACCACCUCCGGAUAAAGCGGGACUUGGAGGGGAAGCACCUCUUUGUGGUGAAGACCUCAUCUCGCAUUUUUUACCUAGUGGCCAAAACAGAGGAGGAAAUGAACAGCUGGAUCAGCAGCAUCAGUCAGAUCUGCAAGUUUGGAAGCCUGGACGAUGCCGAGAGUUCAGAAGAAAACCUUCCCCACACUCCAACCUCCCUUCAACUCUCACCUGACAGCUCAGACGGGGUGUCUGUGUCAAGCCAAGCGGGAUCCACUCAUCAACUGGACUAUCUCUUUCUGUCACUCUGUGAGACAGGCACCGUGAGCAUGAGCAGACAUGACAGCUCUUCCAACUCAGAGAUCUCUCUGGAACAGAAGUCAUCAGAUGAUGCUAUUAAGGACAUUGCUCCCUCGCCUUUUUGCACUGAUUCCUCAUCAUCCUCGGUUUCUCACGCUAGCCCCAGUCCAUGUCUUUUUGCCAGUGGAAGGUUGGCUAACCACUGUUUCAGUGCUCCGUGCAUGCCUUUGCCAUCAUCCACUUCCUCUCCUCUGCCACAUCACUGUGCCUCAAGUGUCUUCCAGUUUGACAAACCUUAUUCCUCAGCAUCAUUCGAGGCAGCGGGUGACAGGCAAACGCCCCCUCCGCUUCCACCGAAGCCUAAUCACCUGUCAGAGCAGCUGAAUGAGGAACGCGCUUACAGUCGGAAGAUAAUGCCUGCACCUCCUUUUUCAGACCCCACCGCAAUGAUUUCCAGGAGAAUCUCUUUCUCAGGCCUGGAACAUUUCAGAACAGGGGAUGCUGAGAGCAGAGCAAUGAUGCUCAGGAGACAGAGUCUUAAUUUGCUGCCACAUUUAAAUGGCACACAAAUUCAAAGCCAUGAGGAUGAGUCAUACGUCCCCAUGACGUCCCCUCUCUCCGUUACCAGCGGAGAUGGUGACGGUUACAUUCCAAUGAGUCCCAGGACAUUCAUGUUCCUGAAUUCAAAUGGCACUGAUGACUCUUGCACACCCAUUGGACCACUAAUGGACCUCUGUGGAGAUCCUUCACCACCACCAGUCCACCGGCACCUCAAGCCUCGCAGGAGAGCUCGACCUCCACCUCUUGACCUAAGAGGCCUCUCUACAAUCACAGAAUGUCCCACUCAUUUUCCGCUGAGCAGAACACUGAUUAAAUCAUGUGUUUUGCCAAACUCUCUACCACUUGAAAGAAGAAAUGAAAAUGUGGAAAAUGCAAGGGAUGAAGGCCUAAGCUGCAACGCAAAUUUGUUUAUGGCCUUUGAGGGAGCAGUUCAACCAUGGUUAAGGAGAACAAACCUCGAUUACUUGUCCCUGGAUUUUAAUUCAGCAUCUCCGUCUCCUGUGCAGAAGCAGAAGCCCUUUCUGCCUGAUGAGUACAAAGUGGAUUACGUGCAGGUGGAUGAAAAGAAAACUCAGGCUCUCCAAAACACAAAGAUGGAGUGGACAGAUGUCCGGCAGUCAAAAACCUGAAUGAAAAUUACAUCAAAUCAGAGACACAUCAGCACGGAGACGUCACAACAAGGAACAAAUGCAAUUUAAAAGUACUUUUGACAAAUCCUUUUGAAAUAACAGCAAUAAAUGAGAUUCUCAUUUCUGGAGUAGAGACACUG